GUUCACAACGCGUCUGGAGCGCGAUUUUUCUCGUUUUCGGCUUGAGCGUUUUUUUAUGUGACUCAACCGUUUUGUUUAUGGCCGUCGUGUGUUAGUUGGUAGCUGCUUGUUGGUAGUGUUUUUUGGCCAUCCACGUGCGGUCGUUACAAGUGUCUCGGAAUGCAAAUAAACGAGAUUUCGCCGAGCUGUCAAUGCAUUUUUUAUGGCCGCCAUUAAAGCUGUUUACUGGUAUCGAUUGGCCAAACGGCAGGAUGAUGCGCAUUUCAACUGCAAAGCAGCACAAAAUUAAAAUCAAAUUUUAGGGCAAGCAGCGCCGAGGGGCAGCAAUAAAGUGCGGAAUUAAAAAGCCAGCUACGGACACUCGAGUUCUGCUCUCUGCGGCCACUUCCCUCAAUUUGCAUACGCCCGCAUCAGUAGGAUACAAACCAAAACUGGAAUUGCAGUGUCCCUUUUGGAAAUCGGUGUAGCAUGUCAAGUGGACGCAGCGCCCGCCUCCCCGCCACGCCCACCCACACCGCCAACAAUAAGCACAGGGCGGCAGCAGCAGCAGCAGCGGCAGCAGCAGCAGUAGUUGCCGCCGGAGAGCCCAACAGCAACAGCAUGUUGCAGUACGGUAGCAGCAACGCCACAGUGCCGACCACUACAGCCACAGGAUCUGGAGCAUCUGGCCUGGGAAUGGGCGUGGUCGGAGGCGGCAUGGGCGGAGGGAUGAGCCUGGGCAUGGGAAUGGGCGUGGUCGGUGGCAUGGGCAUGGGCAUGGGCGGAGGCAUUGGCAUGGCCCAGUACAGUCUCCACGGAUCCACCAUGGGCAGCAGUUGCGAGUCGAGUGUGGAGCGAAUCCCAGUGGACACCAUCGAUGCACUGGGUCCCGAACUGGCCGUGGCCACAUCGCAGGUCCUGGAAAAUCUGUCUGAAAACGAGCGCAAAAUGAUCAUCGAGGUGCUCAAUCGGGACGAGUCGGUGCGGCAGAGGGAUGCCACCAGAAUGAUGCUUUUGCGCGCCGAAUUGUAUGCUUUGAGGCGCAAGGGUGCGACUAAGGCCGUUGGUGGAGUGCAGCCAUUCGAUGCCACACAACAACAACAACACGAGACAACCAUGCAGCCCAAUCAACAACAACAACAGCUCGAACAACACAACAACCACAACGCACACACGAGCGACCAGAGUCGCCACUGCGCCCGUUGCACCACCGAAUUGGGUCGCAUCACCAAUCGCGGCGCCCCCUGUCGUGUCUGCAAAUUGCGCGUGUGCAAAGCCUGUCGCGAAUUCACAUCGCGCACCACGGACUGGGUGUGCGUGGUGUGCCACAAGCAAAUGGAGAUACAAUCGGCCAGCGGCGAGUGGCUGAAGGACGCCUACGCCCUGGGCUCGUGCAGUGCCGUCGACCAUCUGACCACCAGCGAUGUGUUGAGGAAGAGCAUCCGACGUUCUUGGACCAUAUCAAAUCCCGAGGACGAUCCGAAUAACCCAAACUCGCAGCAGCCGGUGGCGGACAACCUUUAUCCGCAGCAGCAGCACCUGAUUGAGGCCCAGUCGGCGGGCAGUUACCCCACCCUGCACCAGCACCACCAGCAGCACCACCUGCCCCCGCAGCCACGGCCCACGCACGGCAUAGGGUACGCCAGUGGCACGGCCACGCCCACCACCAGCAGCAAGUGGCAGCUGGGUCGACGGGUCCUGCGCCAGUCGACGCUUCCGACCAGCCUCACCAACGACCCCACUCUCAGCGGAAGCGGUGGCAAUCUGGCCAACUACAACUCGGUGAACCUAACGGCGCCCACAUCGCCGCAUCAGCUGCAAAAGAGUCCGCUCUAUCCGAGCGCCUACAACAGCGACGACGUCAUCCACAUGAACACCAUGCCGGGAAUGGGUAUCAGUGUGGGUGUGACAGUGGGUGACUGCGACAACUACGCACAGCAGCAGCAGCAGCAACAGCAGCAACCCCAGGUAGAGGUCACGCCCACCCAUCACCGGCUGCAGGUGCGGCGCCAAUCCACGCUGCCCGCCCAACCCACUCCGGCCAUAUACAUGUCCACCUCCCCGAACCGCCUGUACAGUCGCUCCCCGGAAAGAUCGCCGGGGGAGCAGCAGCGCUAUCCGCCCUUCAUGCGGCAGACCUCGUUCCCGGAGCCACCCAGCAACUACCAUCGCACCAAGCUGUUGCCCAGCACGGGAGCACCUCCCUCGACGGUGGCCCCGCCACCAGUGAACUACGAGUCGCAGGCCUCCAGCAUGGCCAGCGAUGAGCAGGAUGUGGGGCCCAUGCCCAAGCCGAGAAUGACGCGGCAGGCCACGCUGCCGAAUCCGGAGCAGCAUGUCAAGCUGCUGCCCACAUCGCCGCCAAAGCGACAGACGUCGCCGCAGUUCCGACGAUCUCCGGAGUUUAUGCGGCAGCAAACGCUGCCAAAUCCGGAGGCUUUUAGCAGCGGAAACACCCUGACGGUGCACGCAACGCCGCCUGCCAAAUUCAUGCCCAUUUCGCCGAGGGCCAAGCAGAACUUCCUCUUCCCCAGUGUCCCGAAUCCGAGGCAGUUCCUCUCCCAGCCGCAUGUGCCCGCGGUGGGAGGCACUGACCUGGGCAGUGGCGGCAGUGUGGCCAGCACAACGGCCGGCGGUGGCGGUGAGCAGUACUCCAGUAGCCAGAGCGUGAAUAUCCAUCACUCGCGCGAUCCCCAUGCCAAGAUGAUCAAGGUACGCAGCCACAGCAACGAGGAGUACUCGAACACCAAGGGGCAUCCGGAGAACAGGCGACUGCUGCCGGAGAUUCCCACGGCCGUACAGCGGACUGGCGGUCGAUCGCCCAGUCGUCUGGUGCGACAGGAUUGCCUGAAGGAGGAGAGGACUUUCGGGGAGGCCAAGCAGCAGUUCCACCAGUUUCCCGAUGUCACCGAGGAGCUGGACAAUCGUCCGGAGUACGUGGACUAUUUUGGAGACAGUGCCACCAGUUUCCUGGAGUCCGACGAGGUGCAAUACGAGCGGAACUACAACGCAGGAUUCAGCAGUGAGCCGCGCAUUAUCUACAACAAUGGGUCGGACGAUGGUAGCUACCAGAACUCCUCCCAGCGACCGAUCUACAGUGCCGAGAACGUCCUGGCCGAUUCCGGAUAUGGUGGUGGCGCCGGCGUGGGUCUGGGCGUAGGUGGAGGAUCGGGAAAUGUGCCCGGCUACUAUCCCGACAUGGGCACCCCUCAGGGCUUCUAUGGCGGAGCCGCUCUGCCCCGAACGCCUCUGAUGCACAACCGCCUGAGGCGGCGGCAGUCCAGGGAACUGCAGAUGCAGCAGGAGGAACUGGCCCAACUGUCACAGGUCUCGGAUGCGAGUGGUGGCAAGGGCUCCGGCAGUGAAGGUGUCUCCAGUGGGGGAGGUGGCUCAGAGGGAAAUGCCGCCGAGAGAAGGAAGCCAGAGCAGAUGCGCUCCGUUUCAGAGGAUUCGGGAGCCAAGACCACACCCAAGCCGGUCACACGACGAUCAUUUUCGCACCCCGAAAAAGACACGCAGCCUACCAAGAAAACGGAGGUCUCGAAGAUACCCAGUCCGCGACCUUUAGCCGACAUCCUGGACAAAACACGAGGCAAUUCCAAAAUUCCGCAGGCAAGACGCCGAAACAGCCGCACGGGAAUUGGCGAUGCCGAGGAGGGUAGCACGCCCCAGCACAUUUACUCCUUCCAUCAACAGCUUAUGCAUAGAAACUCUGAUUUAGCCAUGCGCCUGAAAAAAACAGAAAUUCCUGUCGCCUCAGUAGCAUCAGCCAGCCAGGAGGACCAUCCCCCAGGGGAAUCGGGCCAGGGGUCUGGAGCGGAGCAGCCGGUCAACGGCAAGUCCCUCGAGUCCUCGGCCACCAAGGAAGGCGACGACGCAAACAGCGCGGCGGAAGCCACACACACCAGCACUUUGGGCGAGCAGGAGCUGCAAAAUGCAGUGGAGGCCGCGGCGGUCGUCUUCAAGAAGGUCGUGCUGCAGCGUCGCAAGGAAAAGGAGAAAGCAGCCGAAGAAGGCUCGCAGCAGCUGUCCGUCGUUUCCGGUGAUAUCGUCGGAGGAGGAGUGGGUGAUACCAUGGAAACGUCGUCGUCAUCGGAGCUAGACUUCAGGUGUUCCACGCAGCACGGACGCCAGCAGCAGCAGUCGCAGUACAGCGUUGAAGCCGACGAGUUCAAGCUCGUCUUCCUCAACUCGGAUUCAUCUUCGUCCUGUCAAGGUGAGGAGGAGGAGGAAGAGGAAGAGGAGGGGGAUGACACGGACUCAUCCUGCUCCACCCAUCACUGCCACAGCAUUGUGAGCAAUGUGGAGGACUGCGAUUGGGAUUACUUUGAGCCCUCCAUGAUCUCCACCACCACGACUACCACCACUACAAUGAUUGCGUACACUACGGCCCGGGCCACGCCCACUCCACCGCCGCGUGUGAGGCGGCAGUCCAGCGACAGUGACUCCCCCCUGGUGCAGAGACGCCCCCAGCAGCCGAGGAGUAGCUAUUGCCCCAGGAUCAGGGAGAGUGACACGGGAACCGACGAGGAGUUCGUCCUGAACACCGAGAGCAGUUCGCAGACAAGCUCCGAUCAGACACCCCCGCCCGUGCCACCACCCCCGCAUCCACUCAGCAUGAAGACCAGGAUUAAGACCCGGUUCUUGAAGAACCAUCACCAUCACAGCCAGAGCCACAACCGAUGCAACUGCAAUCCCAGCCAGCAGCCGCAGCAGCAGCAGCCACAGUACGUGCCCAUUCCAGUGCCCGUGCCCAUUCCCGUGCCCAUGGCCGCCUAUCCCAACUGGCCCGAAGUCAGCGGCAAUACUCUGCUGGAGCAGGACGAGCAGCUGGCCGCCAGCCUGCAGCAACUUUGGAAGGCGGCUGGCCACCAGCAGCAGUUUGCCGCCAUAGUUGCAGCCUACUCGCAGCAAUUUGCUGCGGCCAGCAGCAACAUGUUCGACGCAACGCCGCCGGUGACCAGCAAAAGCUGCCAGCAACUGCCCACCACUCCGCCGCCCGUGCCGCAACGCUUGCGCGGAUUGGGGCUGGGGGGUUUCAAGUCCUCGGCUCCGGAGCUGAGCGCCUCGCUGGGAUCCCUGAUGACGCAGUCCCUCUGCUCCACCAUAUCCUCCUCCUCGUCGUCUAGUACCUCUGGCUAUGGGACGGCGGGACGUAGUCUGGAAACACUGGCCAGUCCAUUGCGAGCUGCCAACUCGCUGCAGCAGCAAUACAAACAGCAACAACAGCAACAGCAGCAAUAUCAACAAAUGGCCAACAAUGCUUUCAAGCCAAAGCCAAAGCCAACAAGUUUAGUAGCGUCGCGUUCGCCGACGGGUGAGCAACAAGAAACGAGCAACGCGCGUCGCAGCAGCAACAACAGCAACAGCGAGAGCGACGACAGCAACACUAAGAGCAGCAGCAGCAGCAAUAGCAAUAGCAACAGCAACAGCAACAACGCAACGCCCACAACGGGUAGAUUGUGUAAUGUUUAUGAUAAAACCGGCACAUUGCCAGUGCCCGCCGUUCAGGCACAUGUUGCCAGUGUAGAUAAGAGCACAGCGGCAGCAGCAAUAUCAACAGCAACACCAGCGACAUUCACAAAGGGAACCGCUCAGAGAGUGGCCAGCAAAUACCAGAGCCGAAAUCUAUGCGAAACCCAGCCAGCGGCAACAACACAAACCUACCUGGCCAGUAACAACAGCCACGAAGAAGUGGAAGCAGCAGACGAAACGAAUAUACAUAAAAAUCAAGUACCAGCAGCAGCAGCAGCGGCAGCAGCAACACAAACACAAACAGCAACUAGAGCUGCGGCUCCUGCGGUAAUAACUCGUUUCGGCGGACUUGCAGUCGAAAAUGCUGUUGGAAAUGUGGCUAAAAGUGCCAGUACCAUGCCCAUUCCCAGUCCCAAACCCAGAGCCCAGUACUCAGAGCACAUAGAUCAGCGGGCGACAGCGGAGAUUGCCAAGAAUUUGUCCUCCAAUCGACUUAUACAGAACAUCAAGAUGUCCGAUGAGGCAUCGGCAUCGGGAUCGGCAUCGGCCCAUUUGCUGAGCGAGAGCUUUGCGGCCAGCAGUCCAGAUGAGGCCAGCAGCAAUAGCAGCCAGGAGGAUCAGGAGUUGAAAAAGAAACCGCGCAAGACCACGCAGAGAAGCUACAAUGUGGCAGGCAUGAUGGAGGAGCAGCAGCAGCAGGAGGAGGAGCUGCCAGCACCGGAGCAGCAGGAGCAGGAGCAUCGCCACCACAGCACCACCAGCGAUUCCAGCUCCAGUUCCAGCUCGAACUCCAGUUCCAGCUCGGAGUCCUGUGACUCCGAUGACACUGGCACCGUGCGCGAUCGCAGGCCCAAGAGAAGGCGAUUCAACAAGGUGUUCAUAGUGAACCGCCAGCCGGGAGUGCGAGUGCGUCGCAGUUCCUCCACCGAGGGGGACUCACUGUCCUCCUCCGAGGCCAAUCUAGAAGACUCCUCCGACAAUGACACGGACACAGAGCGCACGGACUGUGGCAUAGUACUCAACUAUGUGAAACCCCUUGAAGAGGAGGAGCCCCAGACGGCGGAGGAGGCGGCGCCGGCUGCACGUGAUUGCCAAUCGAGUGACGAUGAUGAAAGUGAACGCCGUGUUGCCAACUCAAGCGAUGAGCUGGCCAACUGCAUUGUGGUGGUGGGCGGGCAGACAGACGACGCCGCCGCCGGCGUGGUGCUGCACCACAUGCGAUCGCUGCCAGACACCGAGGGGGAUGUGGAUGGGGAUGUGGAGGGGGAGCAAUCAGAGCGCCGCAGCGAUGCCCUGGCCGCCUGCGAGGAGCUGCACAGCAUCUCCAACGAUGUCAACCGGCUGCUGGGGCUGCAUAAGCAGAAUUCCCAGCUAGAGCUGAAACUGCAACGCCUGCGCCAGGGAGUGGCCGAAAUCAAUGAGGAUCUGCAGCUGUCCGUGGCAUCGUCACUGGGCACUGAUGUGGCUGCCACCCAAAGUCCGGUUGCGGGGAAGCCCGACGAGUGCAGCCCUUCUUGGAAAAGUGCAACUGCUAAUGACCACCCCACCUGCACGCAGGUAAAGCGGCCACAACAACAACAGCACCAGGUAAAGGCAAACAGCAAUAGCCAGAGUCAGAAACACAGCCACAGCCACAGCGAUUGUAAACUGGUGGAUGGGCGAACAGCUGAGCAAAUCCAGAGGGUCGGCACAUGCAGCCAAGCAUGCAAAAUAAACGAAACAAACAGCGACUACUCGCUGGAUUCACUCUCGGCGACGACGACGAGUUUCUUGGCACCUGAGCAGGUAGAAGAGAGCACUUGUCUACCUGUCGCUCUCAAUCACGCUCACGAGCAGCAACAACAGCAACAGCAGCAAUAUCGCUUCGAAACGAAGUCGGAGUCGGCGGAGUCGCCAGUCGAAAAUGAAAUGUUAAACGUUGCGGUCGCCCCACGCUCCGCGCUCUUCAGCGGCAACGACAGCAACAACGAUAAUAGCAAUAACGAACACAGCAACAACAACAACAACAUCGAACUUGGCCAUAAUAAUAAUGACGCUUUCGCAGCACAAAAGACGAGAAAUAGCGGCAGUGACGUAGUGAGUGUGAAUUCCAAUGUGAGUGGUGAAAACGCAGAGUGUGACUACGACAAAAUAUUCGGUAGCCAUCAGAAAAGUGCUCCAAGUGCAGCAGCAGCAGCCACAGCAGCAGCAUCAGCAACACCUGACACAUCUGCAACAAUGCCCAGCGAGCUGGCUUCGCCCAAAAAUUCACUUUCAGCCAAGUAUCGCAGUUUGGUCAUGAUCACCAAAGACAAUGAAAGUGCAGCAGCUGGUGAUUACGAAAUGGCCAACAACAGUAGCAACAGCAACAGCAGCAACAGCAACAUACACGGCAGCAACAAAAGCCCGUCCAGCAGCAACACUUUCGGCCAGAACUUUGCGGGUGACUCAUUACGCGCCAUGGAGCCAGCGGAACUCGUGAGCAGCGAUCGCGAAUCGUACAGUGUGGACUCGCUGAACGAACCGCCGCCCGCCGGAGGGCCGGAACCCAGUGUGGAGGACGGCCUGGCGGACGACGACUCCUGGGUGGAGGAGCUGAGCCAACGGGGCGAGGAGGAUGACGACGACGAGGAGGAGCUGAGCCAGGCCACCACGACGCCCACGGCCACGGACUCCGAGGACGCGGAGGGCGAGGGUGAUGGCAGCCGACGACAUGGCUACCUGGACAGAGAGGAGGAGCUGAGGGGCUACAACAGGUCGGCCAUCGACUUCACCCUGCACACCAUCGUGGAGGAGAGCUGCGAGGAGAGCGAGGUGGCCUCCAUGCGGGCGGACAACGAGGAUGGCGAGCUGGAGGACGAGGACCUGGCCGAGCGGCGGCGCCAGCGCACCUUGCAGCACCACCAUCGGCUGAGUGCCUCCGAGCUGGAGAAGUACUUCUUCUUCGGCCUGGGCGACGGCCGGGUGAUGAGUUCCAUCGACACGCGCGGCGACGACACCGCCUCCGAGGUGAGCUCGGAGUGCUCCGAGAGCCUGGACUCGCUGCCUCACGAGGAUCAGCUACUAGAAAGUGGCGGCGGCGCCUCCGAUCUGGCCUCCUCGCGCCUGGAGAAGUACUUCCUAUCCGGCUUCAUGGGCUUCAGUGGGGCGGAAAAGCAGGCGGAGAGCGACGAGAGUGGCGGCAGUGUGGGCAGCGACAGCGAGGGGCAUCCCAGUCCCAGCCAGCGGAGGAAGCGACUGGUGCGGGCCAGAGGCACGCCCCGCAGCCACAACUCCUCGCUGGACAACCUGCUGCUGCCCGAAGCGGACACGCUGGAUGCCACAGUGACAGCAUCGGCAUCGGCGGCCACAGUGGAGGACACCUCGGAGUCGGAGGCGGGCUGUGACGACACGGUGUUGCACCUGGCCAAUGCCGGCGCCUCCGAUGGCUCCUCCUCGGACACCAUCAAGCGCAAGAAGCAGCUGCGCAAGCGCCACGACUCCCUCGACGAGAAGAAACUGCACCUGGAGCUGGAGCCCUCCGAGUGCCGCACACCCACGCCCGGCGCCAGUGGCCAGGUGCAGCUGCAGUCGCAGGCCAAGAAGCAGCAGCAGCAGCACCACCACAGCCGCGACAGUGGCUUCGUGGGCAGCAACGACGAUCUGCUGAAAGCGGCGCCGGACUGUGAACCGCCCAAGAGCCCCACUCCCGCCCUGGAGCAGAUCAGCGAGGAUCGUGAGCCGCUGUCCCACAGCCAGAUCAGUCUGGCCAAGAUGGAUCAGCCCAGCACUUCAGCAGCGGCCGCAGCUGCUCCAAUGACCACUGGCCAACUCAGGAAUCUCACCCUGCCCAAUCUGGUGCGCAAGGACAGCUUCAACAACUGGAGCUCCGACGAGGAGACCAACCUGAUGAUGAGCAAGAUGAGGCAGUUCUUCAAGACGCUGAUUGUGGCCACGGCCAAUGCCCAGCAGAGCAGCAAGCCCACCACGCCCAAUCAGAGCCAGAACCAGAACCAGAAUCAGAAUCAGGGCAAUUCCCAGCCUGGAAGACUGGCCAAAUCCCGGCCAGCCCAGUUGGCUUACUUUGAGAACGAGCUGACACGACUGAUGAAAACCGUGCCGGGCAUCAACGACGAGCAAGUGCGCGAGAUUGUGGAGUACCUGAGCAGCGAGGACACGUGGUCCGACUCGUACGACUCCUCGGACUACACCAGCUCGGACCUCGAGGGCGGCGAGCGGAAGGGCCAGCUGAAGGCCCAGAUCUCGGCCAGCUGCCAGCAGAUAAUCAACAAGUUCGAGAUCGACGAGGAGGGCGAUCGCGGCGACGGCGGACUGCUGGACGAGAGUCAAAGUGUGCCCAUGGAGGCAUUGGUCUACCAGAAGCUGGUGGCCUCCUUCAGCAAGGUGGCGGCGGGCGGGGAGCCCAAGGUGGAGCCUGCCCAGGAGGUUGAGGAGGCGGAGCAGCAGGCGAACACCGAGAGAUCCCCACAACUGUUCGCAAAGGUGAUGCAGCAUAUUGGCACCCGGCUGGUGGCCCUGAUGCACGAGGUGAGCAGUGGCAACGAGACACCGACUCCGUCGCCGCAGAACCAGCGCCACCACCGCCGACUGCAGGCCAAGAUCUCGGCCACCACGACGGAGGACGAAGAGGAUGAGGUGGAGGAGCAGCUGCGGGCCAUGCCCAUCAAGCAGCUGAAGCUGCGCAGCAGAUCCCAUGAUCUCCUGCUGGACGGCAUCGCGCCGCACUCCCACCUCCACCUGCACCACCAGGCCACUGUCCAUCAUCCGGGAGGACCAGUGGGAGCUGGGGGAUCUGGAGUCGGGGCCGGAUCCGGAUCCGGUGCACCCGGACACGCGGACAACGCCGGCGAGGAGUGCGGCGUGGCCAGCGACUACGAGCGCUUCUCGUGGCGCGGCAGUUUUGAGUCGGCAUUACUGGCUAAUGGCGACAGCAGAACGAGGCUCAGCCAGCUGAGCCAACUGGACAGGGAUAACUCGUCGUCUGCGUCCGCUUUGGCCGUGGCAAAGCGCCGAUCGGCAGGCGACCUUCUCUUCAGCCAGCACCAGCAGAGCCUGAGCCGCGAGCAGCUGGAUCGGGUGCGCUCCUGCGGCAGCAUUGGCGGCGGCGAUGCCCACCACCACCAGCUGGAGUCCUCCCCCGCAAAGCCGUGGCUCUCAUCCGCCGGAUCUUCGCUUGGCGGCGACUCCACCAAGGAUGUGCGGCGUUCCAGUGUGCCGGAUGCCAUCUACGAAACGGACUCCAGCGAUGAGGCAGCCUCGAAUCAGUUCGGCGGCGCCAGAUCCACACUUCCACGCAGUCUCAACUGCGGCCAGGUGGUGGCCAGCACGAACUCCCUGCCCCGGCUGCCCACCGGCGGAGCGGCGGGUGGCGUACCCAUCACCAGCACGCCCAAGACCAAAUCGCAGAGCGCCCUCAACCACACGCCCUCCAACUCGUCCACCGUUUCCGCCACUGGCAGUGCCAAGAGUGCGAGGUACCGCUCGCCAGGAUUGGCCGCUCGAGCGGCAGCUGUCAGUGGUGGAGGAGGAGGCGGAGGGGGCGGAACUGCUUCCAGUGGCAAAAAACUAGGCGCGGGCUUCCAGUUCCUCUACUCCAAACGCGAUGCGCGCAAACGUCUCAACAUGUCAGCGGAGGAGGCCAAAGUGGCCGCCGAGGAGCUGACUCGAUCGCCGGUGAUUGGACAGCGGCAGGCAGAUGGCACCGGCAGUCCCAUUCAGUCGCGUGCCUCCAGCGAAACGUGGCCCACCCAGUCGGAUGAGGACAUCGAUCGGCUGGUGGCCAUGCACCAGAACCGCAGCAGUCUCAGCUCGCUGGGGGUGCGUUCGGAGUCCAUGGCCAGCGUUUACUCGGGAGCCGGUGAAGGUCGCUAUGGCACCGUGGUGGUCAAAGGUCAGGUGGAGUUCGCCAUGCAGUACAACUACAAGCUGAGCGCCCUGGAAAUCCACGUGGUGCGCUGCAAGGACUUGGCUGCCGUUGAUGCCAAGCGCAACCGCAGUGAUCCCUAUGUCAAGGUAUAUCUACUGCCCGACAAGUCCAAGGCCGGCAAGCGCAAAACCAAAGUCAAGAAGCACACUCUGAAUCCCAUCUUCGAUGAGACGAUGCGCUUCCACACGCCCAUUUCCAGUCUGGAGUCGCGCACUCUGUGGCUCACGGUCUGGCACUCGGACAUGUUUGGGCGGAACGACUUCCUGGGCGAAGUCAGUGUCAAUUUGCAGGGCCGCCUCUUCGACAAUCCCCAGUCGCAGUGGUACCUCCUCCAAGAGCGCAGCGAACCUUUCGACGAAGUGGCCACGUACAGGGGCGACAUUGUCGUGGGCCUAAAGUACAUUCCACCGGAGAGCAUCAAGUCGUCGUUCUUCUCGCGUGGCUCCUCGCUAACGGGCAGCUCCUCCAACCUGCGAAAGUUCGGAGGCAGCAUCAAGUCGGUGGCCUCCAAAUCGGAUAAGACUUCGAAGGGAGGCCAGCUGCAUGUGCUGGUCAAGGAGGCCAAGCACCUGAGUCCCAUCAAGGCCAACGGCACAUGCGAUGCCUUCUGCAAGAGUUAUCUAUUGCCUGAUCGCACGCGGAGCUCCAAGCAAAAGACGCCGGUGGUGAAGCGCACUUUGCAUCCCAGCUGGAACUAUACCUUCGUGUACGAGGAUGUCUCCCUGGAGGAAUUGUCUGAACGCGCCUUGGAGCUAACCGUGUGGGAUCACGAUCGCCUGGCCAGCAAUGAGUUUGUUGGCGGCGUUCGGUCAUUGGGCACAGGUCGCAGCUAUGGCCGCCAAGUGGAGUGGAUGGAUGCCACUGGAAAGGAGCUAUCCCUGUGGCAGAACAUGCUGGAUCGGCCCAACUUCUGGGUGGAGGGCAGCUUGGUGCUGCGCUCCACUUUGGAUGGCGUUCGAGCCAACUUGCCAUAGGCCCAUCUUGAAGAUUAGUAACUUAUUGUUUAGAGCCAGGACAAACCCCAAACUCGCAGUUUGAAUUGCCCAAGACGGCACACUGCAUUGUAUUGUAUUGUAUUGUAUUAAUUAUGCGAUAAUUAUCAAUUAACGAUCACUACGACUCUGAGAAGCAUUACUAGCGGUAUAAGAAAGCAAAACGAUUGUAACAUUCACAAGUUAGUGUUAAGCGUGUGGAAUGAUGACUUAUGAAUACUCGAAUACGUCGGUAAAUGGCGAUGACGCUGCCAGAAUCGCAGAUACACAAAGACAAAACAAAAAGCAAAGUAAUCAAGACAAACAUGACAAACUAAGCAAAAACCUUAUCAACUUUAUGGCACUAAUUGUAAGCGCAAUUCUCAGCUAUUCGAUGCAGAUAAACAGAAAAACUAAAACUGUAAAGCAAAACGAUGAAGCCCCAAGGUCGGGCUGCCUAGAUAUUAAGAAAGUCUGUAUGUGUGUGUAUUUUCCCCCUCUCUUCCCCCUGAGAGGCAUUCGCAAUUGGCAUACUAUAUGCGCUAAACUACGAUAAAACUACAACUAAAUGUACGGUUAAAACCUAGUUAAAUCGAGGCAUAAGCUUUCUUUGUAUAACUAUCCAUAAUAUCCGAGAAAUACAAAUAACAUUUUUGUAAAUUCAA